GAUAAAGCCCGUGUCCUGUGGCUCUCCGCAAGAUGAGCACGCCUUGUCUCGUGUAGCGCCUUGCGAAGGCUCGAGGCGAGAACGCGCGGUCACCUGGGUCCCACCAGACCGCGUGCCUGAAGCUGCAGCAGGAAGACUGGGACCUCCAGGAAAAAACUGUAUCCAACAAUUCAAAAAUGGCAGAAGUGAAGUCAAUGUUCCGCGAAGUUCUUCCAAAACAAGGGCAGUUGUCUGUGGAAGAUGUAACCACAAUGGUGCUGUGUAAACCAAAACUUUUGCCCUUAAAAUCUCUGACUCUGGAAAAACUGGAGAAAAUGCAGCAAGCAGCACAGGAUACAGUUCGCCAACAAGAAAUGGCAGAGAAACAACGGCAAAUAACACACUAAUAACCUACCACUUUAGGGAACUAGGAAUCACCCUAGCUUACCUACUAUUCAGUAGUAACUAGAAAAUAAUCUGGAUCUGUAAACUGAAAAGUAUUUGUUAAUAAAACUGAUAUUCAUAGAAAUACUUGUAUUGGUAUUGGUAUUUCUAAAUAAAGACCUAUAUUGGUGAAUUUAAA